ACUCCUUUCCACAUAAACAUAUUACAGGAUUAGGUCAUAUAGAAAGAGAAAUAAAAGUACUUCUGAGCAACAAAAUCAACAUGGUAUUGAACUAAAUUGAUCAGCGUAACUACUUUUCUCAUUAUAGCUUAGCUAAGAUUGCCGUGUUUUUAAAUAUCUCAAUUAAAAAAUGAAUUUUACAAAUCUAGUCAUUCUAUUCUUCCUUAUCUCUCAGAUCUCAAUAACACCCACUAUAUCGUGUAACAAUAUAGGUAAAGGUUUUGCGAAAGAAGCUGCUCGUGAAUUUUCAAUAGCUGCAGUUCAAUCAUCCGAGGAUCUCAAGAGAUCACUUGAUGAUGCCAGUGCAAGACUUACUGACGCCAUGGGGGAAGGAAUUGAUGCGACGAGACAAGUCGUCGCAGAAUUGUCUACCAGUAUCUCCGAUCUCGCUAGAUCAGUCAGUGUAAAGAUUAAUUCGGCAGAUUUCGAAAAUUUGGGAAAAGCUGCGACUGAAAGUUUGAGAGAUGCGGUGGAUAAGCUGUCACAAAACUGGAAUUUGUCCCUAGACACCGCCGAUAUGAAGGAUUUUGGAGCCGAAGCGUCCAAAAAUUUGGGAGAAGCUUUACAAAAUAUCAAUAUAAAAUUGAGUCUCAUGAUCAGUGUUGCAUUUGAUGAUAAUGUCGUCCGAGCUGUGGGAUAUGCUUCAAUAGCGUUGGGGAUAGCGUUUUCCGUACUUUUUAUUGCUAUCGUGGUCAGUUUGAAGUCAUGUCGGAAGUGUACCGUGUCCCUCUUCACGGCGUAUGUCGGAGUUUGUCGUAAUAAUAAUAAUAUGGAUGAAGAAGGAAGUAAAAAUUUAGAAGGAGAGGAGGAAUCUGAUUCCAAUAAAAAUUCAAUAAAGCUAGAAAACAAUCGGAGAGGACAGGUCGAUGGUCGACAACAAAACCAAAGAAAAUUGUUGGAUAAUUCGGUAGAAGAAUUCAAUGACGACGCAAAAGUUUAUAACGUGCUGGUGGAGAAAGGAGAUCGCAAGAAGGAACGGGAAUCUUUAGCAGGUUUUACAUCGCAGAAAUUUUCCAAUCUUAAAAAUUUCUGGAGUACACAAGAAGAGCAUUCAAGCUUUUGAUUGGAGCUUGACUGUAGUUGAAUUAGUGCAACAAUUAAGACUACAUGAUUUUUUAUAUUUUUGUAUGUUUCGCCAAAGGCGUGUAUACCCAGAC